AUGGAGAAGGAGACGUUGCAUCGAGAUCUACAGCUAAGAGAAGAAGGCAGGAUAGAAAUGCAAGUCAGGAUAACCGAGCUAAAUGAGGACUUGCAAAGCCUUUGCAAAGAGAACAGAAGGAAAGAGAAGACCAUUGAAAAGUCUGAAGAAGGAAAGCGAGCAGAAGACCUCCAAGAUCAGCGACUUAGAGGACGGGUUUUACAAGUCCUUGUCGCUGAGAAACAGAUGGCUCAAGAAAAUGUGAAACAGCUCCACAAAUGUAAAGCCGAAUUAGUUGAGAAAAAGGAGGAACUGGAAAAGCUGAAAGAGGAGAACUUGCAGAAAGAUAGAGAGCUCCUCCGACUGGAAAAUGAGUGCACCCUCAAGCAAAUGGAAGUCAUCCGUUUGCAGAAAGCAAUCUCAAAACUGUUGUAG